GGUGUAUAAAAGUGCGAGCGCGGCAUCGAGCGCUGCUCAGAAUUGGUCUCGUCUACUCGGUGGAAAUCGAAAAAGUCUGGAAAAUGAAGCUCCUGACGACACUGACCGUCGUCGCGGCCGUCAGCUUCGGUCUGACAACGGCCGAUUACAACACCGUCAAAGUUGCCGACAAGGAUUUUCUCCUUAAGCAGAAGAAGAUCUUUAAUCUUUUGUACUACAUCCCGCAACCCUCCCUUGUGAAUCCUUCCUUGUACGAAGAAGGUCGUUCGUACAACAUCGAGGCCAACAUAGAUUCGUACACUAACACGGCUGCGGUGAAGAAUUUUCUCUAUCUGUACGAGUACGGUAUGCUUCCUCGUGGCCAGCUAAAUUCUUUGUACUAUCCAAAGCUUCGGAAGGAAACGGAAGCGUUGUUCCGUCUGUUUUAUUAUGCCAAAGAUUUUGACACCUUUUACAAAACGGCACUAUGGGCGCGUAUUUAUGUGAACGAGAUGCAGUUUGCCGACGCGCUCUACACCGCAGUUAUGCGCCGCGAAGAUACCAAAUACAUCCAACUGCCCCCUCCUUACGAGAUGUAUCCGUACGCAUACUUCAAUUCCGAAGUACUCGAAAAGGCCCACCACGCAAAAAUUUUCGGAAAACUUGACUCGAAAAAGUUUGGUGGCUACGACACUUAUAUCAUCCCGGCGAAUUACUCCGGAUGGUACAUGUCGCGCGAGUACGAUCUAGAGCACAAGAUUAAUUAUUUCACCGAGGACAUCGGCCUGAACGCCUACUACUUCUACUUGCGGCAUGACUUUCCGUUCUGGCUAAAGGGCGAGGAAUUCGGAUUUCCGAAGAAUCGCGGCGAGGAAUAUCUUUACAGUCACAAACAAUUACUGGCCCGUUACUAUCUGGAGCGACUCUCUAACGAUAUCGGUAAAAUCGAAGAUUUCGACUGGCACAACGAAUUUUACGUCGGAUAUUACCCGACAAUGAUCUAUCACAAUGGACUACCGAUGCCACAGAGACCAUACUGGAGCAAAUUCCCCUAUUACAAGUACAAAUACAUGAAGGAUAUACAAGACUUGGAAGCUCGAGUAUCGGGAGCGAUUGACUCCGGAUUUAUCUUGGAUGCAACGGGCAAGCUGAUCAAUAUCUAUACACCUGAAGGCCUUAACAUCCUCGGCAACAUCAUCGAAGGCAACAUGGAUUCCUGCAAUCCUGAGUUUUAUGGCAGCAUCGAUAUUUUCGCGAGGAAGAUCUUUGGAUACAAUUUAGAGCCGUCAACUCCGUAUCAGAUUAUACCCAGUGCCCUCGAGUUUUACAGCACGUCUAUGAGAGAUCCAGCGUUCUAUCGUCUCUAUAAAAGAAUAGCCAUCUACUAUUACAGGUACAAAAUGCAUCAGAAGGCAUACAACAAGAACGAAAUCAUUUAUCCCGAAUUAAAGAUCGAGUCUUUCGUUGUGGAUAAGUUGAUUACUUACUUCGAUCAGUUUGACACUUCGAUCAACAACGGUUUGAUGAUCGAUGACGCAAAGGAGGCCGAGAGCACGUUGAUUAAAGUUCGUCAAUACCGCCUCAAUCACAAGCCGUUCAGCUUCCAUCUCGCUAUCAACGCCGACAAACCUAUGAAAGCUGCGAUACGCAUUUACAUCGGACCGAAAUAUGACGUUCAUCACAAACCCUUGGACUUCGCUGACAAUUCAAAAUACUUUUACGAAGUGGACAACUGGAUAGUCGAUCUAAAUGCCGGCGUAAACAAGAUCGUCCGAAACAGUCAAGAUUGCUUCUUCGCCAUACCCGAUCCGGAACCAAGCGAGGUGCUGUACAAGAAAGUGCUCAAAGCCUUGGACGGUUCCGAUUCCUUCUCUUACGCGGAAAGGCUUUACGGAUUCCCCGAACGUCUGCUCUUGCCCAAGGGCAAAAAGGAGGGCAUGCCCUUCCAGAUCUUCGCGUACGUUAAUCCGGUCGAAGGAGAGCCGAUUCCCUACACUUCCCGCAUCUUCGGCGGUUACAAAUUCGAUAACAAGCCGUACGGAUUCCCCUUGGACAGACCUGCUUACAACUUCCGCUACGAUGGCCCGAACAUGAUAUUGAAAGACAUUAUGAUUUAUCACAAAGAUGAGACAGAGCUGAAUGUCACUUAUUGAUCGACUAUUUACGUUACGUUAUAAUCGUUAUCGUUUGAUUCAAUGUAAUAAUCUACGAUUUUUUUCUACGAUUAAACACGUUUAAAUAAAGUCUAUCUAUAUGUUUUGUAAAUUUA